AAACGGGAAAAGACAGGACAGAGACUACAAAACACCACCUGCAAAAUGGAGCCACCUCAAAGAACCCAAGCAGCUCUGUUCCAAGUCUAUCUUCGAUUGCGCCCUCCUCCAACACCAAACCAGCUGUAUCCUAUUCUCACGACACCUGAACGAUUCUUGACCGUCGAGGAAGCCGUUGACGAUGAGCUACCAUCCCAUAUUACUCUAAACCCUCCAAACGAUAAUCGAAGACGUGCGGUGGAGAAAUUUGCCUUUACAAAGGUGUUUGAAGAGAGUUCUAGUCAGCUUGACAUCUUCCAAGGAACGGGCGUCUUGCCCUUAGUCGAAGGAGUUCUCGGGCCACAAGGCGGAGAAGGCAGAGAUGGACUGUUGGCUACACUUGGCGUUACGGGUUCUGGGAAGUCCCACACCAUUAUGGGAUCUCGUAACCAACGUGGACUCACACAACUCGCACUGGACGUUCUUUUCCGCUCUAUCUCCACAAACAUCCUCGAUCCCUCAACUACCACCUCCCUACACGCCUCAGUUGCGGCCUCUGAUCCAUCUGAAGCACAAGUCUUGUCUGCUUCUAUGUUUAUCGACAGCAUAUACGGGGACCCUAACCCCCAAUCUCGCGCCAGCUCUCGGGCCACAACGCCGAUGGUGGGCGAAUCCUAUACUCCCGCACCCCGACGAAAUCCUCUUCAGAGACCUUCUGUCUUGCCCCAGUUACCGGACAUCAGCAAUCUCACAGUCGAUGUGGAUCAACAUGCUGAAUAUGCAGUUUUGAUUUCUAUGUAUGAAGUUUAUAACGAUAGGAUCUUUGACCUUCUUACUCCAGCCCUGCCUGGAAAAUCGACAAAGGAUUUCCGUCGCCGCCCAUUACUCUUCAAACCGACCGAGCAAUCCCCCGAUCGAAAAGUCGUCGCCGGACUACGGAAAGUCAUAUGCGGGAAUAUGAAAGAAGCGCUCAUGGUUCUCGAGGCAGGACUUCAUGAGCGGCGAGUGGCGGGCACAGGUUCUAACAGCGUAUCAUCUAGGUCUCACGGCUUUUUCUGUGUCGAGGUUAAGAAGAGGAGGAAGAGCCGCACGCCGGGGAAGUGGGGUGGUAGCGCUCUUACGAUAGUGGACUUAGCAGGUAGUGAGAGAGCAAGAGAUGCGAAGACUCAGGGGACGACGUUACAGGAGGCUGGCAAGAUCAAUGAGAGUUUGAUGUAUCUUGGGCAAUGUCUCCAAAUGCAGUCAGAUCUGGGUUCUUCCACAAAGCCAAACCUGGUCCCCUACCGGCAAUGCAAAUUAACUGAACUGCUUUUCUCCAACUGCUUCCCUUCCCAUUCCAACUCUGCUGUUUCAUCUACCGCAUCUCAGCAAGCACCCCCAUCCACCGGGCACCGCAAUCCGCAAAAGGCAAUUAUGAUAGUAACCGCCGACCCGCUUGGAGACUUCAAUGCCACUUCUCAAAUCCUGCGCUAUUCCGCUCUGGCGAGAGAAGUCACUGUUCCACGUAUCCCAUCAGUUACAAGCACCAUCCUAGCCCAAAACGCUUCAAAUUACUUUAGCGGCCGGUCAACCGGGGGAAGUGACCGCAGCAGUCCAUCCGACACAGGAAGAGAAACAAUGGAGCUAGCCGCCCUCGAAAUUGCCCGCAUGAGCGAAGAGAUCGACGGCCUGCGCGCAGAGCUCCAGGCUGAACAGGAACAGCGGUUAGAAAUCUCCGCCCACCUCGAAACUCUACGCUCCGAGCUGGAAGACCGGCUCCUCGAAAAGGAGGCCGAGGUCCGAGAAGAAUGCUACAUCGAGAUGGAGCAGAAGCUGCAGCAGGAGAUGCAAAGAUGGAAGAACAUCUGGGCCAUGGAACAAGAAAGCGCCGAGGAGCACCUUGACCGGAAAAUCGACCUCCUCACCCGGGGCAUGGACAUGACUGAUGAAGACAAAGAGAACGCGAAUGCAGGCCAAGGCACUGCGCAAACCGAUGACCUGGAAAUGGAGAAUAUGCGGCUGAGGAGGGAGGUCGAGCUCCUCACGCGCCAACUCCAAUCCCGGAGCCCCACCAGGAGGACUGCACAGCCGGGACCCAGCGGGGAGAACAUGCUCCGUGGUGGGGGACCCCUGACGGAACUGAGCAGCGUAGGGAAUGCGCUGGAGCGGCUGCGAAUCGCCAGCGAUUCCGCGGCGCAUGGGACGAGUAGCCCCUUGCGAAAAGUCCGGAAGCUGACAGCGAGGAAAUGGGAUCUGAUGGAUGAGGGGGAGAUGCUCUGAGGAGCUAGCUAGCUUGAUGGCGUGCUUUUUGUUUUUUAUUUUUCCCACAGGUUAUCUUCUGUCUGCCUGGCUGCGGGCCUGUGUCUGUAUCUGUCUGUGUUUUAUAUCCAAGUCUAGGCGUUCUGGGGCGAUACCGUCGGGUAACAAGGAGUUUUCUGGGUGUAUAGAACAUUAAUCACUUCCUAACCUACUUAAUCUGAUUUCCAGAAGUCAUCAUCAUCGUCUUCUGCGCCACGUACUUACUUUCCGAA